UAGCAUUGCAAUGACAGUGUGUUGAGGCUAAGCCCCAUCCUCCUGUAGUUGUGCAGAAAUAACCAUGUCUCAGUAUUGCAUUUCCUUUAUGCAAGCACUGUAAUGUUAGCUGUUAUCGACUGUCAGACCUGGGAUGAGAGAGAGAAGGAGCUCAUACGAAUGAGACAGCAACACCAAGGUUCAAAGUUAAUUUGAUGUGUUUUUAUUUUAUUUGCAGGCUUAUUCAAAGUUUAGACUGAAUGAAAAAGGAAUUAAAUCAUUACUGAGAUAUUCUGAAACACGUUCAAGGUUUUUAAGUCCUGAGGAAUAUGUCAGGUAAUGAUAACUGAUAUAAUUACCACUAACCUAAAUGCUAUAGAGUCACAAAAAUGUUUGUAAUUUGUACAUGCUUCUGGAAGUAAUGCAUGAAAUGUACUUUUUGAUAAUAGGGGUUGUAUGAUGGAAUUUAUUGCAAUUCCAGCUUAAUGCAUUUAACAUUUACUAUUUAAAUAUAGUUAUAGGUUAGAAUUGUGUUGUCCUAGGUAUUUUCUUUGCUUUUAUAUUCAGUGGCUAAAAUACUUGGAAUAUGUUUGUGGUUGAGAAGUCCUGCCAAGAGAAUGGUUGGGCAUUUACAGGGAGAGUUGCAGAGUAAUUAUAGAGUGGGCUCAGUCUAUGUAGAGAGAGACAUACCAUUGGGAGAGAAGUAACUACUGAAAAAAGUGUCUGCAGGAUUGGUAGACACUCCUCUCUCCCUCCUCCCCUUGUGGGACAGGCUCAGAGAGAUUAGAGUCAGAAACAUUUUGAAGUGAAGGAAGGCUUGAGACUCAGAGAAAUGGUCACUGAUCAACACAUACUAAGAGAGGAAGAUUAAAGUACAGCUGUCCAACUAUUUAACAGGCCAAAGCACUGGUUCCCUAACCACCUUGAAAUUGAUUACAGUUAUCAGUCUGAAGUGGACUGCAUCAAGCGUGUGGACAGUUUCUGAGACGCCGCCACCAUUAAGCGACUAAGCCUAAAAAGGAGGCCCAGGGUGGCCGGCAGUAAUGUGGACAAAACGCAGAGUGGCAUUUCAUCUAGUCAGUGGUAUUCUGCAGAGUCCUUGUCAUCAUCUAGUGGUGAUGAUUCAAAACUACUGGGCAUGUCCUCUGCAGCUCGAGGUAGACCACCUCUUCCUCCACCACAUGGUUCCUUGUUGGAUAAUAAUAAAAGAAAUGAAAGUCUGGGAACCUCUCAGAUACUAACUGAGCCAAAGCCUCAGCCAGCUGCACGAUCUCUCUUCCAAAGUCAAAGCCCUGUGAUGGAGAGGGCCUUUCUGGAGACCCACAAACCCUUGAAUCAGGAGGUGACAAGACUUUCUCCACCCCAGCCCUAUCCCCGUCGACGACUGGCCAGCUUCGGAGGUGUGAGCUCCCCUGGGUCACUCUCACCGUUCACUGGCCUAGGUGCAUAUAAUCAGAACAAUAAUGGCAAUAAGCCUACUGGCACUGGACCCGAGGUCCAACUCGGCUCAUCCCUGGGCAGUAGAGGCAGCACAGGCUGUCUGAGAGUAAGUCCACAGAGCUCAGGUAGAACAACUCCAGUCCCCAUGCACCUGCAACAUGUCCGUGACCAAAUGGUGGUUGCGCUACAAAGACUGAAAGAGUUAGAGGAGCAAGUGAAAAUCAUCCCAAUCCUCCAGGUAAAGAUCUCAGUCCUUCAGGAGGAAAAGAGGCAACUAAGCUGUCAGCUCAAGGACUUGAUUGAGAGAGAGAACGUCAAUGAUGUAACCUGGAACAGCCCGUAUACCAUUGAAGGGUCUGAAAUUGAGAUCAACAGAAAUACCAAAAAAGAUCUUGAAGUUAAAAGUAGCUGCACAGAUCUGAAGGAGGUUGGGCGAUUGACCAAAGACAUGCAAGAACUGGAAAGGUCCAUCAAAGUGGGACAGUUGGGAACAUUGCAUGAAAAAUGUAACCCUCUUCAUGACAAAACAUUUAAGUCAGUCGCUGUGGGAACUGACAACGAUAUGGAUAUCAUCUUGUCUAAGCCACCAAAAGAAAACAAAUAUGCAUACACUGAGCAGGUAGAGAUGAGGUCCAUUGCAACAGAAGUAUCUGAAGUCAUUCUGGGAAUUUACACAGAACAGGAGGCAGAGCGUGAUGCCCAAGAAUUAAUAAACAGUGCCUUAAAGGAGAGAAUUUGUCACUUAGAAAUAGAGUUGAAAGAAUCAGCUCUGGAGACGGAGUUGAUUCGUCUGAAACUGGAACUUCAGGCUGCAGGAGCCAGGAACCGGGUUGACAAGGCCUGCUGUGCCAGACCGUCCACUGUAAGCAUAGGCUCAGAUGCAAGGCCACACACCAAAAGCCAGGGAGUGGGUAAUCACACAGAGCUCAGAGAUGCUUCCACAGGCGAGGAAAAGGAGGUAAAAACUGUAGGAGUAUCCUGUGCACCUAUGAUGAGGAGUAUUUGCACAGGACUGGAUGUACCCAUGAGCCUCUGGGAGGUCAGGGAGCGAGUGGAGACCAGCGACAAGGCUGUGGAAAUGCACGUUUUUACAAACACACAAGGAGUUGGGACAGAGAUAAGGGUAUGUGAUGCAGAAAGCAACACAGAGGCGCCACUGGCAAAUCUGAGGUCCAAGAAAGAGUAUUGUUCAGUGGCUUGUGGGGAUUGUUCUGUCGAUGUGACCAUUUGCGAGGCAAAGGAAGCAGUUUCACAGUGUAUGACUACAGAUCGAGUCAGAGGAGUUGAGCUCGGAAUCAUGGUAUCACCCCAAACAGCAUCGCAGCGUACCAACACUGUAUGUAGUUCAGUGUCUCGCUUUACCAACACCAAGCAUGCCUUCAGCACUGACUCCAGCACGAAUACGCUCCUCAGCACCCAAGACAAGCACACCAACACCACUCACACUUCAACUAGGACAGUAUCUGUAGGCAAUAGGGUCCGAGACGUCAGAUGCACCACAGAGACCCGAACAAUCGGUGUAGGAACUGCAAAUGCAGUAGAAAGUAUUUCAAAGCAAACACCAGAAGCGGUCACCAGGGUAACUCGAGACACUGGAGUUGGAUUCACAGACAUUAAUGAGAAUUUCCUAGUUGGACUGAAAACUCGAAAUAUGGCAUCCGGACCGUCCCAUCUACCUGACCCUGUGAAAACAAAGAGUGUUGGUGUAGGGGAAGGGCGGAUAAGGGAUUUUUCAGUUUCAUCCAGGACACCUGGACAGAAUUUCCAGAAACCUGCACAGUUACAGUGGGACCAUGAGCUGAACCAUUACAUCGAGAAGUUGCAGAGGCUCCUCAGCAUGGAGCAUGGGGACCUGCUCACAGAGGACUGUCCUGAUCAUAACAGUGGCCAAGGAGAUCCCAGCUCCUGCAAUAGAAAACCUAUGGCACAAGGAGGGACAGACAUCCACAUGUUCAGUUCUCAACCAGCAGCAAACAAAGACUCUCAGUCCCAGUCUCAACUUUCACUUGUCUCCUCUAAGUGUGACAAAGCAAAUGCAGGACUGUGUCAACAGAGCAGUAAUGAUUCAGAGGUGAAAAGAAUGAUUAAAAUGAUAGAACAGCAGACGUCCUCUGGUUUACAAGACAGGUCAGAUAAUGCUGGUAAGCCAAGGAAUGUAAUAAAGAAACAGAAUGGUAACCAGUGCUGUAGUAGCAACAGGCAGAGCAUGAAGUUUCUGGGUGUGACUACAGGGCUGGACCCAGUGUCGAAUUAUGAGCAUGAUGAUGUGGACAGAAAGAUAAAAAGAACAUUUAGGGAAUCUCCUCAAGAUGUUGCCCAAUCACGAAAGGAAAAAGACAACAAGGGAUCAAAAGGAGCUGCGAGAGUGUAUACACAGCAGAGGCGUAGGAUGAGCGAACGGAUGUUUUUUGCUUGUCAAGCCUUAAAGACGCACCUGAGUGAUGACACAGCUUUAUCCAACAGGGAAAUGCAGGACUGUCUGCACACACUCCAGCAAGAGUGGUUCUCUGUGUCCAGCCACAAGUCAGCAUCUCCUGAAACUGUAGAGGACUACUUAUCUACGUUUCAGGCCAUUUCACCUUCAGUAUUGCAGUACAUAGUUAAUAUGGCUGACGGCAAUGGAAACACAGCUCUACACUACAGCGUUUCUCACUCGAACUUUGGCAUUGUGAAGAAAUUGCUUAAUCCAGAGGUGUGCAACGUGAAUCAGCAGAAUUCAGCAGGUUACACGCCCAUCAUGCUGGCUGCACUUGCUGCUGUGGAUAAUCCAGACAACAUGAAAGUAGUCGAGCAGCUCUUCACUAAAGGAGAUGUCAACGCCAAGGCCAGCCAGGCCGGUCAGACGGCUCUGAUGCUCUCUGUGAGCCAUGGCAGGAUGGACAUGGUGCAGGCACUCCUGGCACAAGGGGCGGAGGUCAAUCUCCAGGAUGAUGAGGGCUCCACAGCGCUGAUGUGUGCAAGCGAGCAUGGCCACGCUGACAUUGUUAAACUACUGCUGGCACAGCCGGAGUGCGAUGCCACCCUGACUGACAGUGAUGAAAGCACAGCCAUGUCCAUCGCAUUAGAGGCAGGACACAAUGACAUUGCAGUGCUUCUUUAUGCUCAUGCCAACUUCUCCAAAGGACACGCAGGGGCAACUGGUCGUCACAGUGGCAGGUCUCUUUCUUCUUCCAGUGAUAGACACGUCUUUGAAUGAUGGGAUCCCCCCAAACUCUGAUAUGAUGCUACAUGAAACUUAUUUUCAGAUGAUUCAAUAUCAAAGCUCACAUUGUGUAUAACUUUGUCAGUUUCAAUCUUAUCAAGAGAAUUCAGUUGAAUAUUUAUCUGUCAUAAUUCAGCAGUUGACAAAAUGCUUUUCAUUAUCUAGUAGCACGGUAUGCAUACAUGUGUAUAUGAUAAGACUGGUAAUUUCAUAUUUCAUACAAAGAAAUGUGUAUUACAGUAAAUUUAAUAUAGUGCAUGUGUGUAUAUUUAAGGAGAGCAUGCAAAAUUAUCCAAAGUCCCCAAGUUAAGAUGCACUUCAGCUGGGAUGCUGUGUUAAAUGGAAAUAAAAGUAGAUUGCAAUGAUUUGCAAAUCAUUUCAACCCAUUUUUUUUUAUUGAAGGUGGAACAUAGAACACAUGUCAAACCUUUUAUUCUUAUUUUUAAAUCAGGUUAUUUUGAAUUUGAUGGCCAGAACAUAUCUAAAAACUUUGGCACAGGCCAUGUUUAACACUGCGGGGCAUCCCCUCUUCUUUUAGCAACAUUCUGUAACGUCUCUUUGUAACAUCUGGGAACUGAGGAGACCAGCUGCUAGACCCUCUGGUAGAGGAGAAUUGCCUCAUUCCUAUCUGAUAGGCGAUUCUAACUGCUCAACAGUUGUGUGUUGUCUUUGUUGUACUUUUUGUUUCAGCAUCCAAACUCUUCUAUGAAGCCAUGCUGCUGCAAUAGAUGCAGUAGCAUGGUCUCAGCAUAUGAAGUAUGCUAAGAUUAUAUCAGCAGCAAAGACAUUACAUAUUUUCCUCUAAAACCUGUACAUACCUUUCAGCACUGAUGGUGCCUUUUCAGAAGUGCCAGCUGCUGUUUCAUAGAUACUAAUGUCAAAAAAACAUCAGAGAUUCAGGCUUUUGAGCUGCGUGCUGAUAACAAACCAGACGAUCCUUCUGAUCUUUAGUCUGAAGGAUGCAGCAUUUAUGUUUUCCAAAAAAAUCUGACCACAGAACAGCUUUCUACUUUGCCUCAGUUCUCUUAAAAUGAGCUUUGACCAGAGAAGACAGCUGCAAUUCUGGAUCAUGUUCACAUAGGGGUUCUUUUUUUGCAUGAUAGAGCUUUAACCUGCGUUUGUGGAUGGGACGGUGAAUUGUGUUCACACACAGUGAUUUCUGGAAGUGUUCCUGAGCCCAUUCAGUGAUUUCCAUAACAGUGAUUUCCGAACAAAUCCAAAUAGUGGCUGUUUUCAAUGCCCGAGGGCCUGAAAAUCACAGGCAUCCACUAUUGGAUUUUCAGACUUGUUCCUUUCUGCACAGAGAUUUCUACAGAUUGCAGGAAUCCUUUUAUAUACUGUAGAUGAUGAGUAAGUCUUCACAGUGAUAAAUAUCAUUCUGAAAUUGUUCCAUAAUUUGUAUCUUCUAGAUACUUCCCAUCUUCACUUCUGAGAAACUCUGCGUCUCUAAGCUGCACUUUUUUACCCAAUCGUGUUACUGACAAAUUCUCAGUUAACCUUUUGUUCUUCAAGCGGUUUCUUUUUAGUAUCUCUAAAUUUCUGACCUCUUGUUGCCCAUUCCCAACUUUUUUUGAGUUAUGUUGCUCCAUUAAAUUAAAAUUUAAAUAGUACAUUUUAUUUAAACAUUUGAUUUAUUUUUUUUUUAUGUACUAUUGUGAAAAGUUAUUGGUUUAAGAGAUUUGCAAAUCAUAGCUUUUUUAUUUAUUUGUUUAUUUUUUAUACGGCAUCCCAGCGGUUUUGGAAUUGGGUUUUACUUAGUGCUAAGGUGAAAUUUUGUACUAUUUUUAAAUCUCAUAUUAUUUGUAAAGUCACAGGGCUCAAAUGUGCUGGGGUAAAAGUAACAAAAAUUACAAAGUGCAAAAUCUUGACCCAGCCCUUUCGUACUUAAAGGAUCUGUACCUCAGAAAAUAUCCAUGAUACCAUAGUAAAGUUUUGCAUGACUUCAUUAAAUAUACUAAAGUUAUUGACACCAUACUGUGUAUAUUACUAUAACUUACAGGAAUAUAGAUGCAUGGCAACAUAGUUUACUAUUUUAAAUUCAUAAGGAUUAUAGAUUAUGUUGAAAUGCAUGAUUACUUGUUGUUUACUGUAAAUGUCAAAAUACCCUUUUUGUUCAUGAUUCUAACAAAAGUUCAAUUCAACCCAAGUGGCCUUUUUAUUUAUAUGUUUUGUAAUCUUUAAAAACUGUUUAUUUUUUGGCAAAGCUUUUACUUUAUACUAUGUAAACAGGGUAAGAAGAUGCAGCAUAAACUACUACAUAUCUGUAGCACAUCUUUUUCUACCAAUCAUGGACAAAAUGUACAAAUAAAUAUCAGCAAUGUAAUAAAUAAAUACAGUCUGACAGAUGACAAGAUUAGCCCCAUGUUUGUUUAAUAGUAAGGAAUUUUAAGGUAGCACGUUAUUGUGUUAUAUGUGUUAAUUAAACAUUUGCUGGAGGAAAGGAAAAAUGGAGCCUCUCAUAAUGUUUUUAGUCACACACAAAGGAAGGGUCACGUGAGCUCUGUCAUUGUGUAAGAGAUUUUUCAACCAGCUGGUGGAUUCAAACCCAGUACCUUCUUUGCUGUGAGACAGCAGUGCUUACCACUGUUCCACCUGAAGUAUCUCAACCAGGCUCGUGCCUGGCUGAAGCACGAACACUUCUUUCCUUUUUUGGUUUGGCAGGCACCAAUUUUUCUUCAUCCUGACACCCAGCUCUUUUGCCCUGUUUCUUCCUGUGUUUGACUCCUGCCUUCUGCUGCCCAGGCCGGUCAGAUGGCUCUGAUGCUCACUGUGAGCUCUCUUACACAGAAACUCCCGACCAUUCUCACCUCGUUUCUACCACCUCACCAGGCAUUGCCCCCAGUGUUCAUCCUGUCCCUUCUCAGUUGACUAUGAUGUCUAUCAGUAAAGUACCAUUGCCUUUUUUCCCCUAUAAGCAAGAUUAUGUAGACCUUUUUCAAAAAAUGACUAUUAAUGACUGAAUUAUUAGGUGAGUUUGUGACCUUAGACUGCAAAACCUGGCCUUGAUAACUCAUCAGAGUAGUCUUGCCUCUCUUGGCGUUUGUACUACUGGAAAUUAAAAGCGAAUUUCAGCUUUGAAUGAGCUGUAAAUCAUUUAUCAACCAUUCAGAAUAACCUGUGCCCUACAGUUCUCACCAUUUUAAUUAAUAUUCCCCACGAGCUUCAUUGGUGUGAGAAGAGAGAGCGUGUGGUGAUAAUUCAAUUCUGCAGCAGUCCUGCAGCUCAGAGAUUAUCAUUGUUUAAUUUUACGCUACAGCACUGUUGGUGAGUGAACAUGUGACAAGUUAUAAAAUAAAAGAAAGAACAGAUUAAGGGGUAUCUCGUUUUUUUUCAACCUUUUUUUUAACCGUUUACGAAGUACGAUGUUUUCAUCAGUGAAACAUGCGAUCUCACAGUCAGUUUGUUGUAUUUCGUCUUCCUUUUGUUUUCUUCAUCUACUCAUGUGAUUUAUAUUUUGCCCAUUUCCAGAGCUUUUUUUUUAUUUUAAAGCAGUGCUUGGGUGCACAAGACAGAAAGCUUCCAUGAAAAGACAGAUUAUAAAAUUAUGUUGUUCGGCUUCCCGCUGCACUCGUUUCCCCAGUGUACCACUUUGUCACCAAUUCCUGAGAGCUUGUGUGACUGAGAGCACUCUGAAUCAUUUCCCAGCAACAGCAAUAAAACACAAUGAUAUACAAGGUCCACCAUCAAAAUUUGCUGUUGCCAUGGUAACAGUCAGCAGUUUUCAGCAAGUGAUUCUUGGGAACAUUAGUCUGGAAAGAUAUCUCUAUUUCACCGAGGUUAGCUAAUCCGUUCAUUUAAUUUCCCCGUUUGUUUAAGCCGAAAUGUCACCGCUACCAUGUUAUUUAGUAGAAUAGAUGCCGAUGUAAGCAAUCUUGAAAGCAAAACAAAACUGUUUUGUAAAACCCUAAUGAAUGUCAUAUGAAGCUGGCAUGCAAGGACAUUCAGCAGUCACAGUUUCAUGCCAGUGAAGCCCUUUGUACACUGACACAUGCCAUCAAAAGAUAUGGAUGUUCCUGUCAGAAGGGUACAUGUGUCUUCAGUACAAUAUGUUGCAUGUGACGUGUAUGGACUUCUACAUCAGAUGGUUCGUUAUUUCAUGGUGCAGACCAUCCUUGUGUAUAUGUUUGGGUUCCUGGGUUAUUACUGUGCAGCUCAAUAUGUCAUAAUAAGGCUCACAUUUAAAUCAGGUUACAUAUUGGGCGAUAAAAAUACUGUAAGAGUUAGUAAUUAUUAGUUUUGUGCCAUAUCAUAAAACUGAGACUUAAAAGGUUUUGAAAAGCAGUCGCUGCAACAAUGUCUGUGAAACAUUCUUGAUGUUUUGGGCCAUUUGUCAAUUUGGGACCAAGAUCCAACAAACCACAAACACUAAAUUAACUAAUAAAUGCAUUUGUUGGAUUUGGAAAAGACAGUGCAGAAACUUUGAUUUGCUGUGGACAAGUCAAAUCGAAUAAGUUAAAUCAAAUGUGGCACCACGUACUGGGUUUUAUGCUGACCGCACAUUCAGAGCCAUUGGUCAUGUGCUUCUCUUACUGGUUUAUUGAAGUGGGUGGGAGUUGUUUGGCAAAGGUGAUGUCACAUAUUUCCCUGAAUCAGUUUGAUAUAAAACAGCUAUAAUCAAUAUUUUCACGAUAAACCAAUCAAACUCAGAUAUAUGUAUAUAUAUGUUGUGUGUGUGUGUGUGUG